CGCUACAAUGACGGCAUCAAUCCGCGUCUCACACGGUAUGGAAAACACAUGAGAGUGGUAAUUUUUGCACCACAAGUAGAAGUUGAGCAUUUACAAUUAUUUUCCAAUUUGGACGGAAGGAACCGAAACCUAGCGUUAAUAUAUUUCUAAUGACGGAUAGCUAAAUAGUAUACAAAAACUUCCUGUUGAAAUGUCUCUGUUUCUUGUGAACAGAUAUCUUGGAGAGGAGGAAGAUGGGAGCGCCUCGAAAAAGUCUCGGUCUGAGGCAUUGCUGGCUAAGCUGCAGCAGAAGGCAAAAGAAAAGCAGAAGAAGAGUUUGACAGAACAGAGACAACACCCACCCGAAGAACAGACAGAGCAGCAGGAUGUCAAAAAGAAAAGAAAAGCUGAUAAGGAAAGCAGUCAAAAGCCUCAACCACACAAGAAGAGGAAAUCAGAAGUAGAGCCUUCUUUUGCGUCAGACUCUGAUUGCAAUGAUGAGCCCCUCAAAGACAAAAAGAAGGGCAAGAAAAGUGCUAAUGAGAAAAAGAAGAAGAAGGAUCAGUCAGUAAAAGCUCCUGCAGAAACUCAGGUGACUGAAAGUGUUGGACAGGAGGACACACAAGGAGAAGAAGAGAAGGCAGAACCAGAAAAUGACACGCCAACACAAACCACAGAGAAAACCUCCGCACCAACUGGAUUCACAGUUCUGGGAGGAUUUGAGAACAAACCAGUCCAAAAGGUCCACAGAGUCCUGCCUCAGUGGCUCGCUCAGCCUGAUAUGAUUCACAGAGAUAUUAAAAGCAACCUGGUCCCCCUCUCUGAUAUACCAGGACUUUCCUCUCAGCUCGUGAAGAAGUUACAAAAUAAUGGAAUUCAGCAUCUUUUUCCAGUACAAGCUGAGGUCAUCCCAGCCAUCCUGGAGAGCACACAGCAGGGGCUGCUGAUUGGACGAGGUGGCUACAAGCCCAGAGAUAUUUGUGUGUCUGCACCAACAGGAAGUGGCAAGACUCUUGCAUUUGUCAUACCUGUCAUACAGGUGCUGAUGGAGCGAGUGGUGUGUGAAGUCCGGGCUUUGGCAGUGUUGCCCACCAAAGAGCUUGCCCAACAGGUUUGCAAAGUGUUCACAUCAUACGCUGAGGGAACCAAUCUGAAAGUGGUGAUGGUGGCUGGCCAGAAGAGCUUCGCUGCAGAGGAGGCGUCACUCUCGGAACACAGAGGGGGAAUGAGACGCAGUUUAGCAGACAUUGUCGUGGCCACUCCAGGUCGACUGGUUGAUCACAUCAACAAGAACUCAGGCUUUUGUCUGGAGCACCUCAGGUUUCUUAUAAUUGACGAGGCUGACAGGAUGAUCGACAGCAUGCACCAGUCUUGGCUCAGUCAGGUGGUGAAGGCGGUGUACAGAUCUGGAAGUGGACCAGAUGCCAUGUCCAUCUUCAGGAGGACGGAGCCAGCGCAUGUCACAGCAGCCAGUCUAUCUCCGCCUCAGAUGCCUCUGCAGAAGCUGCUGUUUUCUGCCACACUUACACAGAACCCAGAGAAGCUGCAGCAGUUGGGCCUCCACCAGCCCAGACUCUUCAGCUCCAUCCGCAGUCAGUCCUCAACAGCAGCUCCCACCCAGACACAAGACCGUUUUGACUUCCCUCAAGGUCUGACGGAGUAUUAUGUGCCCUGUACGUUAAGUAAAAAGCCCCUCCUCAUCCUCCACUUCAUCCUGCGCAUGAAGCUCAGCCCCGUCCUCUGCUUCACUAACUCCAGAGAGACUGCACACAGACUUUACCUGUUGGUGCAGCUCUUCGGUGGAGUCCAGGCUGCUGAGUUCUCCUCAAGACACUCUCCUGGUGAAAGAAAGAGGACGCUGAAGGAAUUUGAACAAGGAAAGAUCCAACUGUUGAUCAGCACUGAUGCAGCUGCACGAGGCAUCGACAUCAACGGGGUCAAAUGUGUUGUGAAUUAUGAUGCACCACAGUACAUCAGGGCAUACAUUCACAGGAUUGGAAGAACAGCAAGAGCAGGAAAGGCAGGCCUGGCAUUCACCUUUCUGCUGAGAGUUCAGGAGAAAAACUUCCUCCAGAUGGUGGUGGAGGCAGGAAGCCCCGGGAUUCAAAAGCAGAUCAUUAAACAAGAGAACCUGAAGGGUAUGGAAGCCCGAUAUGAACAAACCCUGCAGGAGCUGGCUAACGCCAUCAAGGAUGAGAAAGCCAAAUAGUUGAGUGAGAAUGACAUUCUCCUCAGAGCCAACAUCUGCACCAUUUCCUAUAUUUGGAGUUAUUUAUGUUGUUUUAAUAAAACAUAAACUGUUUGCAUGUGAUCAGACUGUUGAUUUCAGCUCCACAGUGCCAGCUUCACAGUGGAUAACCCAACAGAGGAGAAGGAGUUGCUGUUAUCAGACUCACCCUGUGAAAUAUUUUCAUUGUUGAGACAAUGAGUGAUUUAUGUGGAUAAUUUUUCUGACUCUGAAAGUAAACAGUGUUCAGUACUGAGCAUAUUAUAUUUCAUUCAUAAAUACAUUCAUAAAUUAAUAAUCAUACGUAUAAAUUAGAAACGGUCUUCAUCCAUAAUUUGUGACAGUAAAACAAAAUGUAUGAAGCAAUAUUUCAACAUGACGUUAUUUUAGUUUUACUUUCAUUUGUUUUCAUAAUUGCAAUUUGUUUUUAAUCUCAGUGUCUUUUAUUUUAUUUUGAAAUGUUUCUCAGUGAGACUGAUUUCAUGAUGUGUGAAUAAUAAAAAAAAAAAAAACGGCACUGUGAAUAGCCAAUAAUUUGAUGUGUUUCAGCCAUUGAUGCUUCACACUAUUCACUGGCCAUGAUUGAAAGUAGUGUUUUGGGAGUUUGCAGUUGUCUUUUAAUGGCAUUUUUUUCCCUUCUUAUACCAAAGAUUUUUGUUAUUUGUUGAUUAAUCUGUACAAUAAAUAUCAUUAAUGACCCUCACAA